GAUAAAUUGGGAUUCCGUCAUCUGUUCAACUGUCACCAAGUAGAGCUGGUGCAACCUACCGUAGCUUUCGACGUAGCCUCCUUAAUGCUGUACGGUACUGAAGCAAUGCCUAUCCGACUGAAGAUACUGCUGGACAGACUGUUUAGCGUGUUGCAGCAUGAAGAGGUCGUACACGUAUUGCAUGGCUUCGGCUGGACGUAUGACGAUUACGCCAGAGGAUAUAUUCUUCAAGAUACUCGUGGCCAGGUACUAGAACGUUGGAGCAUGCCUACCAGAGAAGAAGAACCUCUUAUUUUGCAACAGUUUCUGAGGUUUGGUGAGACGAAGCCCAUCGCACAACAGCUACUGCUUCAAGAAAGCACAGAGCGAAUGGAGCAAGCCAUUCAAGGGUCUAGAGAAUAUUCUGAUUCUGAUAUCAAGCGCUUCAUUCAAAGGACGAGCCGGCUGAUGCCUAUCGUUCCUCCUGCCAUCGCAUCCCAGCCACCCCUAGCACUCACUCCGACCACUUCUGCUGGAAUUUCAAGUGUACCAUCAUUGCCGAGCCGGACCAGUAAACCAGCUUCGAGUGUCAGUUCCACGACAUCCCUCUCUCCAGUUACAAGAUCACCCAUCAAUAGUCCUUUAUCAUCAUCUCCACUGAACAAGCUCCAAAAUAUGCAACCUUAUGACUACAGGAGGGAAAGAAACAACAGUCCAGACACACGUGACGCUCCGUUACUUCAUUUCCCCCAUCAGAAUCCUACACCUCUCCCCUCUCCAACCACCACAUCAUCAACUACUGCCCCUGCUACCACAGCUCUCACGUCAGGUUUCUUCUCUCAUUCUACGACGACUCUAAGUGAAUCAUAUGCAACAUCCAAUAAUUCCUCUUUACUCGGUGGUAUGACAUCUGACUUUAGCGCCACAGAUGAGGGAUCAGAAAAUGAUUCUGAAGCCAUAAAUCUAUCUCAGCAUCCACAUUCCCAUCAUCAUAAUGUUUCUGUGAUGGGACACAGUCAUUUAGACUCUAUUUAUGCCGCUAAGAAGGUGAGGCAUUUGAGAAAAUCUGCAAAUCCAAUGAAACGACGUUGGAAUCCUCUCAUGUUGAGUGGGCUGACCACAAACCCGGCCACGGGUAAAAAACGUGUUCAGUGUCAUGUAUGCCUGAAGACCUUUUGUGAUAAAGGAGCUCUCAAGAUACAUUUCAGCGCUGUUCAUCUUCGCGAAAUGCACAAAUGUACAGUUGAUGGGUGUAAUAUGAUGUUUAGUUCUCGACGAAGCCGUAACAGACACAGUGCCAACCCAAAUCCUAAGCUUCAUACCCCAAAUUUGAGGAGGAAACUUUCUCACCAUGAUGGUCGAAGUUCCUUGCCCUUUCCUCUCAUUCCUCCAUCUACUAUCAUGAACUUCAGCAACACUGUAAACGCGAAUGGCAACAUACUGCCUCUUCACCCAGCCCUGCCCCAAGAGCGAGAUAGAGAAGAAAGGCUGUCUGAAAACGCACCAGAGAACAUGGUGAAAGGUGAAGUAAAUGUACCUUCCAGUACUAUUGACGAAACGUCUCCCGAAGGUGGAAAUUUACCUCAGUCUUCAUCAGUGAUUUCCCAGCAUCGCAAGUCAACACUUAACUCUAACGAUGAAGCUCUUUCUUUGACGAAGAAACCAAGACUGGAACUUAAUGGUGAUAUUAGCAACGAUGGUGACGAAGGAAUUGAUCUAACGAUGAAAGAAGAUCAAAAUGGAAAUUCUUCUGUCAAUAACAAAGGCGUAAGAAAGAGAAAAAGUUUCAACCCAACAAAAUGCGCAGUUACCAGUGAUGACGAUUUACAAUAUGUUUCUACUGAUGAUAGUAGCAGUGAUACAUUCGUUGAUGAUAACGGAAUGUUGUCAAAGUCUGACGACUUCAGUUCUGAUAUACUUGAAGAUGAUUCAAAAGAUGAUGAAUUAGAUAAGGAUUCCAACCCAUUACCCGUGACAUCCUCUUAUUUGCCUACAUCAAUGCCAGUGCAAAUGCCAGUUCUGCAACCUAAUAUCCCAGCUCAUUCAUCAUCUAAAACAGAUGAAAAGUCCGAUGUAAGGUCGUCUUGCAUUACUUCGUUUUCUGGAUCUAACUUUAAUUCUGAAAGAUUGUCUGUUAAAGAAAAUGAAAUUAGUUCUCUAGAUCUGUCUUCAAAGCAAAAAGAACCAAUUAUUAAGCAUAAUCAUGAGAGUGAAGAAGUUUUAGAGAGUCCUCUUCGCCAUUUAGAGACCUUAUCAUUAGGUGCAUUUACCGGGCUUCUUAAUCAUACCAAAUCCACGUUUUCUCAACACAUUGCAUCCACGACUGGCAUAUCCUAUCAUGCCCCUGGCCUCGGUUUGGCUUCAGUCCCUUCUUCAAAUAUACACGAAAUACCUAGAGAAAGAAGAUCACUUAUUCCUUCUUCAGAAUCCCAACCUAUUCCUAUGCCAAUGCCUAGUACUGGAAUAGGUAUUUCAACUAAUGACUCUGAUCCAGACGGCCAGAUGUCUAUGCUACCUGUAUAUAGAGACGCAUCUAUGAUUGGCGCUGUAGAUGUACCAGUAGACAAAGAAAAUCCUCGGCGAUGCAUAGCAUGUGGCAAAAUAUUUCAAAACCAUUUCGGCGUUAAAACACAUUACCAAAAUGUGCAUCUGAAGCUUAUGCAUAAAUGCACUGUGGAAGGUUGUAAUGCAGCAUUCCCUUCCAAACGCAGCAGAGAUAGGCAUAGCGCAAAUCUGAAUUUACACCGAAAACUUUUAUCUACAACUGCAGACAAAGGGCACUUCUUCGAUAAGAGCUCAAUCUUUCCUUAUCCUCAUUCUGGAGCUGGACUAAGAGACGACUAUUUUAGAUUUUACGAUCCUCAAAAUUUGCCACUGAAUUUUGCGGAACUAUAUCACGGUCGAUUCGCGGAAGGAUUUUUGCCUACUACCCCGUUUGGGAAUCCAUUAGGUCCAGCUGGACCACUUGGCGUCAUGCCUCCCUUUCAUCCUGCAUUCAUGGUGCCCCCGACCUCAACGUCUGGUUCUUCUCUGCACGAAGGUGGUACGAGAAUUUCCGAUGGUCGUGAGGACACGCCUAUCAGCUCAAUAAGUUCUACUCCUAGCCCUAGGCCUAAAUCUUCUUCUCCUUCUUCCAUAUCUCCAGAGAAAGACGAAACAAGUAGAACAAAUAGGAGACCUUUGACGCUGGACUCGCAGUUGGAGCCUGAUUCAGAUGGACGGUUUUCUUGUAAAUUUUGUCAAAGACUAUUCGUAGAUUCGGCUCAUCUCAGAGAUCAUUACGAAGGUACUCAUCUCCCCAGUCUUCUACCGUGCCCCACCGAUGACUGUCCUAAAGUGUUUCUGUCAGCUGCAGAUAGAGAUAAUCAUUGUGAGGUUGAAGACCAUCAUCAUCACAGAGCCAAAAGAGAUAAAACUUCUUCUACAUCCUGAGAUGUAAUUUAAAUGCUGUUUUGUCUGCCCUCCGACCUCAUAGGAAUCGCAAUUUACCUAUGUAUCAGUGCCAAUACUCGAGUCCUUUCUGGUAGAGUUCCCCAGUUCCCAACACGACUCAUCUUCUGCCAAUCAGACUGCGGUUAUGUUCAUUACUGAAAUAUAACGAAGGCGUAAAACUUCAUUGCCUCAUCAUUAUUCGAAAGAAUUCUUCUAUGGAAUGUAAAAAGGGAUAUUCUCCGAUUCGUUUGUAACGUUAUUUGAAUACGGCACGUAUCAUACGUGUUUGUCAUUGCUUUUCAUGAAAAUUAUAGAUGACGAUUUUAGAACUUCGUCCGUGUAAUUGGAAUAAUUAUUCCAAUUUACUCAUGCGUUUUAAGUUAUGUGAUGAUACUUACGGAUUUGUAUCUGCAUACGAUGCAGCGACUUGGUUUUGAUAAGUGAGCUAUUAUGAGAUGAUGCGUCUAAAUAUGGUGAACAUUUCUGUCAAAACUAGAACUCUUGGUAGCUAUGACUGAUUUGCAUCUUUGUAAGUAUUUUGGUGUACCAAAAAAAGACCGAAAGCAAUUCGUGAAAAAUCAAUGAACCAGAAAUGUUUCUCAUUGUUAUUUCUCGAACUUGUUGAAGAAUUUCAAAUUUCUGGUAUGCAAAUAAGUAUGAAAUUGUAUAAUAUACAUACUUCCUGACAUUCCCUUGUCAAGUUCCUCGCCCAAAGAGUGUUCAUGUUUCUUUACUUGGUGUAAUUAAAAUUAGAAGGUGGUGAAAUAAAAAUUUCAUUCUUCAUCACUGUCA